AUGUCCGUCAACAGAAACCACAACAUCAGCCAUGCGCCAUAUUCCCAGAGCGGGCAGGGCCGCUCCAUUCCCGACAACAUGCCAGAGGACCCGCCGGAGUACGGCGAGGACGGGCUGCACAUCCUGAACGAUGACUACAGCGAGGAGCACUUGGCGGAUGAGGUAGUGGUGGGACCGUUCGACGCGGACGGCAAAACCAAGGGAUCCAAGAAGCUGGAGUCCUCCUCGCUCACUGAUGACGGAGAGUCGGCAGCUAAAGGGAGCAAGCAGCAGUCGGCCUACAAGGAUAUCGCACAGCAGAUCAUUGAGGCAGAGCAGCGCAGCCGUGAGGACCGUGUGUGGCGUCGCCGCCACACCACCAACCCUUUCCUGCGCGUGCUGCAGGUGAUCAUGCCGUAUGGUGGCAUCUUUUCCUCAGCCUUCAGCAUCGCCAGCUCCACGAUCGGUGGCGGCAUUAUCGGACUCCCUGCAGCAUUCCAGAUGAGUGGGAUGGGGAUGGCAAUUAUCUACUUGAUUGUGGUGGUAAUCAUGGCGGUCUACUCCUUUGUGCUGCUCGCCAUUGUGUCGCACAAGACCGGGCUGUACAACUGGGAGAUCAUCGCGCGUCGCCUGAUGGGCCGCGGCUGGGACUACUUCGUCGUCUUUGUCAUGUGGGUGCUCUGCUUUGGCGGUGAUGUCUCGUACAUCAUUGCCCUCAAGAGCAUCCUCACCGGCUUCCUGAAGAACUCGCCAACUGCAUCUGAAUACAUCAAGUCGGAACCGGGUUACCGCCUCAUCACGUCGAUGCUGUGGGUGGCCGUGAUCCUGCCGAUGUGCCUGCCGAAGGAAAUUAACUCGCUGCGCAUCGUCUCCACAGUGGCCAUCCUCUUCGUCGUCUUCUUCACCGUCACCUGCGUCAUUCACUCUUCUCGGAGCCUGCAUGCACGUGGCAUGCGAGACGACCUGGUGACUUUCCAAACCGGCAACACGGCUAUCAACGGCUUGUCGGGCCUCAUGUUUGCCUUCAUUGCGCAGGUGAACGCGCCGGAGAUCUCUCGUGAGAUGUACAAGUUUUCUGUGCACCGGGUCUUCUUGUCGGCGCUGCUCGGCAUGUCGCUCUGCGCGGCUCUGUACUUCCUGACAGGUCUCUUCGGCUACCUCGACUUUGGUCCUGAGGUGAGUGACUCCAUCCUGGCCAUGUACAACCCCCUGAAGGACCAUCUUAUGGCCGUCUCGUACAUUGGCAUGAUGCUCAAAAUUUGCGUAGGCUUCGCUCUGCACCUGAUCCCGUGCCGCGACUGCGUGUACUACAUGAUUGGCACCGAAGUAUCCCAAGUGCCAUGGUGGAAGAACGCCAUAUUGUGCUCCCUGCAAGCUGCUGCGGCUCUCGUCGCCGGCCUCUUCAUCCCGCGCAUCACCGUUGUCUUUGGUCUUCUGGGUGGCUUCUGCGGUGGCUUUGUCGGCUUCAUCUUCCCCUCGCUGUUCAUGAUGUACUCGGGUGGCUUCUCGACCGCCCGCGUCGGUUGGGGCCACUUCCUCGGCACCUACGCACUGCUGCUGACGGGGGUGGUUGCCGUCGUCUGGGGCACUAGCGCCGCCAUCCACGGCGCUGUCGUCUCUUCGUGGUAG